AUGGACGGGGCCGGGCAUCACAGUCGACGAGGAAUCUCUCCCGAAAAGUCUGUCCGGUCAUCCUUCUCGUCCGUCCGCGAGAACGAUUCUGACGUUGCCCAGACUUUUACUAGCACGAAGGUUUCUUCUUACUCCCGGCAAGACGAGGAGGCUGUAGACGAUUUGCCUCCAUCGCGGCUGGAAAUGGCUACUAUGACGCAAUUCGUACCUCCUAUCACGCAACCGCAAAGCAGGCUACAUGGCUCGUGGGUUCCUGCUGUCGCCGCAGAUGGCUUCCAAGGUUGGAAACAAAUCGGUGUAAGAGGUAGACAGGCCAGCAGGAGCUAUGGGGACUUACGGUCAUUGAAGAUCGUAUGGUCGACUCCCGUCACGCCAAACAAGACUAAGGGUCCGGACAGGCCGGCGCCUGGCAUGUCACCUAUUGAAAGACUACCCCUGGAGCUGCUUGAUCCAAUAAUCGACCAUUUGGUCAUCGAUGUACCUCCAAAUGGAGUUACUGCGCGUAACGUUGAUCUGAUGUCGCUACUCUUAACGUCAAGAAGAUUGCACACAGCAACUAUAAAUGCACUCUAUAAGAACAUCACUAUUCCCCAUUCACGAAUUUUCCGCAAGUUCUUGACCCACAUUACCGAGAAUAAGGAACUUGGCACGAUUGUGCGGCGGCUGGAUUUCAGCCACUUCAACCCAAUGACUCUCUUCGAGACUGCUGCUGAGCGAGCUACAACUCGCAACUUGACCCCUGAGACCUUGCUGCAGUGUCUUCAGCUGACGCCGUACCUGAGGGAGUUCUUGGCUCAGGAGUACAUCGACACGGAGAUCGACGAAAAUGUACUACGCAAACUCUUCUUUGGGCUUGAAAGACUGGAGGCUUUGGAUUUCACGGGCAUUUCCUCGGCAAACUUCAAGAAUGCCAUGUCAGCGAUUGUGGACUCCGAAUGGCCUGAAAACUUGGCCAUCACUCGCCUAUCUCUGCACAGGUGCAUCAACCUCCCUUCGAGGGUGUUCGACACUUUACUCCCACGAUUAGGCAGACUCACAUAUUUAGAUGUUAGUGGAACGCAGAUCACAAACAAGGCACUUCAGUCGAUACCGCACACCGCCAGGGUUACACACCUCAACCUGGCCAAAUGCAAAGCGCUGACACCAGAGAAUGUCAUCGACUUUUUGGAGAACCACCCGGCGGUGAAGCACUCACUCAUAUAUCUGAGCCUUGCUACAGAUGCGCGGAGCCACCAGCUUUUGGAUGUAGACGACGUGAGCAGGUUGAUUCCAAUCCUUCCUAAGAGCCUGCGAUCUCUUAGCCUGAAGGGGAGCAAAAUGGAUUCUACACACAUCGACCUUCUUCGACCGUUGACGAAGCAUUUAGAGGAACUGGCACUGGGACGACGGCUCCAAGUAAGCGACAUCGAUCAGCUAUUCAGACCCAACAGGAACGACGACGAUCAGGAGGCGAUGGAGGUGGAUUGGGAACCUCACACGCUCAAGUAUCUCGACCUAUCGGACUACAUGCGGACAGAGUUGGACCUGAGUGCCUUGUUUGGAAGCAGCAUAUCGAUCAUGAAGAAGUCGUCGGCCCCGCUGGAGGUAGUCGAAGUUGCCGACGAGCUAUACAUGCGCCUCGCGAAAUCGCCGGCCGUGGAGAAAUCCGGGUGGGCGGUCAAGGAGUUCGGAAGCAGGGCGUGGCUUGUCAGACGAUUUACCGCCAAGGACGGCCCUCGGGACUCGGGAAUGCGUUCCUGGAAGAUGGGCGCUUCGUUCUGGGGCAUGCGAAAGCUUCCCGUCGCUAGGUCCGACGUGGGUGGCAUGUAUGGGUCCUACAUGUUCAAAAGGAAGUUGUAA